UGGGGCGACGCGCAUGCGUACCGGCCGUGAGGAGUGGCAAGAUGGAGACCGGGUCGGGGAGGUUGGUACAGAAAAGUGUUAAAAUUGCAGCUGGAGCUGUUGUCUGUGUGGAAAGUGAAAUCAAAGGAGAUGUAACUAUUGGUCCUAGGACAGUAGUUCAUCCUAAGGCUCGUAUUAUCGCAGAAGCAGGACCGAUCGUCAUUGGAGAAGGGAACUUGAUUGAAGAACAAGCACUUAUUAUUAACAGCUAUCCAGAAAAUCUUGUGCCUCAAAAGGAAGAUAUUGAACCUAAAGUUAUGACUAUUGGAACAAACAAUGUAUUUGAAGUUGGUUGUCAUUUUGAAGCUCUGAAGAUUGGAGAUAACAAUGUAAUUGAAUCUAAAGCAUAUAUAGGUAGAAAUGUGAUCCUAACCAGUGGAUGUAUUAUUGGAGCCUGCUGUCAUGUAAAUUCCUGUGAAGUUAUUCCAGAAAACACAGUUAUCUAUGGAGUAGAUUGUAUGCGAAGAGUACAGUCGGAACGCCCACAGCCACAAACUCUACAGCUUGAUUUCCUGAUGAAGAUCUUGCCUAAUUAUCAUCACCUGAAGAAAACAGUGAAAGGAUGCUCCACUCCAAUAAAAAGCUGAAGAGGACCAGAAUCUGAGUUCUGCGGAGGAGCUAAUUUAUUUUGUUAUAAGCUUGGUAUCCGAGAAACAGCAGUCAUGCUGAAACAAUUGCAUGUAGAACCUUAUCCUGUAGUAUAUAACGUGUCCUUCAUGAUUAAAUGAAAAUAUAAUUUGUUAUAACAAUUGUUGAUUUGUUUCAGUUAACUUGGUCAGUUCUUGUUUUCACUAUUUAGUUAAUCCUAAUCCUUUAAAGUAAUUAUGUAAAUAUUACAGCAAUCUUAAUGUGGACCAAAAACUAACUUUAAAGACAAAGGGCAUUACAAAACUUGUUGGUCUUCUGUUUAUUUUGCAUAAAAUUAAUAGUUCUCUUCCCCCUUCCAUAUCAUUAUAUACUAAUGAAGAAGCUGAAACUAAAAAUGCAGUAGUCCAGUAUAGUAGUUUACCAUGGUAAUGAAGCAAUUUGUGAGAUGCUAUUAUAGCUUGGUGUGCCAGAGUUCGGAGUUCACUUCUAUAAGGAAUUUGUACAUUUUUCUCGUGAGCACGUGGGUUUCCUCCAGUUGCUCCGCAGUCCAAAGGUGUACCAAUUAAUCGGUCAUUGUAAAUUGCCCUGUGAAUAGGCUUGUUGGGCCGGAAGAGCCUGUUUCACGCUGUAUCUCCAAAUAAAAUAAAACAUAAAAUAUUUACUAUUAGUUCCUUGAUUCCAUUUUCAACAAUUCUCAGCCUUUAUUGAUUAAAUUUGAUUAAGUGAAAAUUACUUAUACAAAACUUAAACUACCAACACUGAUUGCGAAGAAAACAUUCAGUUAUAAUGUAUGAUUUACCUACUUUACAAUAAUAAA